UUUAUUUGUUGCACCGCAGUCGCGCUCUCAAAGAAGGCAGCCUCGAAACAUGCCGAAGUUUUAUUGUGAUUACUGUGACACCUAUCUUACACAUGACUCGCCAUCGGUGAGGAAAACCCACUGCAGUGGCCGCAAACACAAAGAAAAUGUCAAAGACUACUACCAGAAAUGGAUGGAGGAACAGGCUCAGAGUCUGAUCGAUAAAACAACGGCUGCUUUUCAACAAGGAAAGAUCCCUCCCACACCAUUCCCUGGUGGUCCUCCUCCAGGUGGUCCUCCUCGCCCAGGCAUGCUACCAACACCCCCGAUGGGAGGUCCUCCAAUGAUGCCCAUGAUGGGACCUCCACCACAUGGGAUGAUGCCCGGUGGACCAGGAGGCAUGAGGCCACCGAUGGGAGGACCCAUGCAGAUGAUGCCAGGACCACCACACAUGAUGCGUCACCCUCGACCGAUGAUGAUGCCAGUCAGACCAGGCAUGAUGCGCCCAGACAGAUAAGAGCGAGUGACUUUCCAUCAGUCUAUGUUGCCAUGAAGAAAACGCAGUCUAACAAGGACACUUGGUUUUGUCAAUAUGGCUUUUUAUUCUCAAAUGUCCAGUUUCUUCAGUUUCCACCCUGAAGUUUCUCAAGAAAUUGUCCUUUUUUGUAUGAUUACUUUAUUUUCUGCUUGAUUUAUGGUAUUUAUUACUAUUUGCCUCAUGAGAAAAUAACUUCAGAUGCACACCUUAAGGACUUGUUUAAUUAAACACCCACCCCUGUGAUAGAAUCCA